AGACCCAAGGCUGCUUCCCCCAUACUAAGACGCUGCUCCCUAUGCCUAUUGGCUAUUGCUUAUGACUGACGUAGAAAAAUUUCCAAUGGAAAGCAACCUCUUCGGGAAGAGGGCGGGCUCCGCGGGCAGUCAAAUUUGCGCGGGUUGGGGCUCGGCGUAGUCAUGGCCGCCUUCCGCGACAUAGAGGAGGUGAGCCAGGGGUUGCUCAGCCUGCUGGGCGCCAACCGCGCCGAGGCGCAGCAGAGACGGCUGCUGGGGCGCCACGAGCAGGUGGUGGAGCGGCUGCUGGAGACGCAAGACGGUGCCGAGCAGCAGCUGCGAGAGAUCCUCACCAUGGAGAAGGAAGUGGCCCAGAGCCUUCUCAACGCAAAAGAGCAGGUGCACCAGGGAGGCGUGGAGCUGCAGCAGCUGGAAGCCGGGCUUCAGGAGGCCGGGGAGGAGGACACCCAUCUGAAGGCCAGCCUCCUUCAGCUCACCAGAGAGCUGGAAGAGCUCAAGGAGAUUGAGGCGGAUCUGGAGCGACAGGAGAAGGAGGUCGACGAGGACACGACAGUCACAAUCCCCUCGGCAGUGUACGUGGCUCAACUUUACCACCAAAUUAGUAAAAUUGAGUGGGAUUAUGAGUGUGAGCCAGGGAUGAUCAAAGGCAUCCAUCAUGGCCCCAGUGUGGCCCAGCCCAUCCACCUGGACAACACCCAGCUCUCCAGGAAAUUCGUCAGCGACUACCUGUGGAGCCUGGUGGACACCGAGUGGUAGCCAGGAGCCUCGUGGUGGCGUCUUCCACCCAGCGGGCAUCUGCUGUGGUCAGAUCCGUUUCAAAUGAAACGUGUGUACGUAGAUUUUUUUUUUUUUUUUGAGACAGAGUUUCAUUCUUGUUGCCCAGGCUGGA